AAAGAAUUUGGAAAUGAGCGUGGAGAAGCCAGACAUGAACACCCCUAAUUCAUACGAGGAGGACGUGCAACAAACCGAGGAAGCUGCAGGAGAGGCCACAGGAUCUAACAAUGGGAUGAAGAAGAAAACUUCGCAGAAGAAGCAGAGGGGCAGACGUAUUUCCCAGCCAACCAGGAACAUCGUGGGUUGCCGUAUUUCGCAUGGAUGGAAGGAGGGCAACGGUCCCAUCACACAGUGGAAAGGAACAGUUCUUGACCAGGUGCCAAUUAACCCCUCACUUUACCUCGUGAAAUACGAUGGAAUUGAUUGUGUGUAUGGAUUAGAACUUCACGAGGAUGAAAGAGUGUUAUCACUUACGAUUAUGUCGGAGAAGGUAGCAUCAUCUCAAGUUAGCGAUGCUAAUCUUGCAAAUACCAUCAUUGGCAAAGCAGUGGAACACCUGUUUGAGGGUGAGCAUGGUUCUAAGGAUGAAUGGCGGGGGAUGGUACUAGCCCAAGCACCUAUCAUGAACGCUUGGUUUUACAUCACCUAUGAGAAAGAUCCUGUUCUGUACAUGUACCAGCUUCUAGAUGAUUACAAAGAAGGCGAUCUCCGCAUUAUGCCAGAGGCCAGUGAGAGUGCUCUAACAGAGAGGGAGCUGGGAGUAGUGGUAGAUGGGCUAAUAGGAAAGCAUGUGGAAUACACCAAAGAAGAUGGCUCCAAAAGGAUUGGUAUGGUCAUUCAUCAAGUGGAAGCCAAACCCUCUGUAUACUUUAUCAAAUUUGAUGAUGAUUUUCAUAUUUAUGUCUAUGAUCUGGUGAAAAAGACUUAACUGUUAGGUUAAAAUUGGUCACAACUGUGAAAAUAAACAGUUUGUUAAAACAUGCAACAAAUGUUGUUCUUCAGUGUAUUGAAGAAGUUAAAGGGUCCCUGAUGACCAAACAUUUUGGACAGUAUAAUGGUUGUUGUGUUCUGAAAAAUACAAAUGUAUGUGGAUGUGACACACUGUGUGUAAGCACUAUGUUUUUGGUGGGUAGGGCAAGGAAGGAGCAGCUGUCAAUUCAACCUGUGAAUAAAGUGCUGCUAGUAUGACCAGUCAUCUAAAAAUGGAAUGAGACUUAACUGGUCUGGUCUUUAGGGAGGGGAAGGAACUAGAGAUGGGUUGUGGGUUAAA